AUGAACACGGAGAAACAUAAUUUUUCUUUGGUGCUGAAACAAUCUUAUUCAGACUUGGUCAUCAACGUGGGAGAAGUGACUCUUGGUGAAGAAAACAGAAAAAUGAUGCAGAAACUUCAGAGAGAGCAGGAGAAGGUGAGGAUUUUGCAAGCGGCUUGUGCCCUAUUAAACUCAGGAGGAGGAGUGAUGGAGAUGCAAAUGACAAAUAUGGAUGAGCAUCCUGUGGAGAUGGGACUGGACUUGGAACAAUCUCUGAGAGAGCUUAUUCAGUCAUCAGAUUUGCAGACUUUCUUUGAGACCAAGCAACAGGGGAGACGUUUUUACAUUUUUGUUAAAUCUUGGAGCAGUGGUCCUAUGUCUGAAGACAGUUCCUCUAAACCUCGCAUUUGUAGCCUGAGUUCUUCAAUAUACCGUAGAUCUGGCACCUCUGUGCUUCUCAUGGAUUCAAGAGGGGCAUUUGAUUUCCUGAAGAUCAAGAAAAAGAAUGUAAAUAUCUUGAUGGAAGAACCUUCUAAUAAUGUUAUACGCCAAGACAUCAAUAACUUGGAUCCUGCUAACCUGAUUUUCCAAAAGGACCAUCUAGAAUAUGGUGACAUCCUUCGUUUUCCUGAGUCUCAGUCUAUAGAGUUCAAACAAUUCUCUACAAAACGUAUCCAGGAAUAUGUAAAAAGCAUAAUUCCAGAGUACAUCUCUGCAUUUGCAAACACUGGGGGAGGCUAUCUUUUUAUUGGAGUGGAUGAUAAGAGCAAGAAAGUCCUGGGAUGCCCAAAAGACAUUGUUGACCCUGACUCUUUGCAAAAAGUGAUAAAAGAAGCAAUUUCCAAGUUGCCCAUUUUCCAUUUUUGCUCUUCUAAACCACGGGUGACCUACAGGACCAAAGUUAUAGAUGUGUUUCUCAUGGGAAAGUUGCACAGUUAUCUCUGUGUGAUCAAAGUGGACCCAUUCUGCUGUGUGGUAUUCCAAAAAGCUCCCAUUUCAUGGAUGGUGGAGAAGAAGAAAGGCGUCUACAACUUGACACUUGAGAAAUGGAUAGGCAUGAUGAUGGAUGAUGACCCAGAUCUUCAAUGCUUGUGUAAAGACUUUGAAUCUCAGCUGAGUCUAUCCAGUGGGCCUCCCCUCAACAAACCAGUGUACUCCAAGAAAGGCCUGGAACAUAAAAAGGAUCUCCAGCAACUCUUAUUUUCAGUGUCACCAGGUCACUUGCGAUAUAUUCCUAAAGCUCUCUGGAAGGAGCUGUGUUCCCAGCAUGAAGGACUGGAGGAAUUAAUAAACCAGCAAAUGCUAUCUUUCUCCUGGGGAACUCUGAUCUUCUCUAGAAGCUGGGCUGUGGACCUGAACUUGCAAGAGAAGCAGGGAGUCAUCUGUGAUGCUCUGCUGAUUGCACAGAACAGCCCCCCUACCCUCUUCACUGUUUUUGAGGGACAGGAUGCAGAGGGGCAGGACUACUGCAUCCACACCGCCUUUACUUUGAAGCAGAAGCUGGUGAACAUGGGUGGCUAUACCGGGAAGGUGUGUAUCAUGACCAAGGUCCUCCACCUGAAUCCCCAGAGCAAUGCUGAGUUCAUGGAGGAGUCAGGCUCUGUGAUGGAUUACCCCUGGUCCUAUCACCUGGCAGACGCCCAGCAGAUGGAAGACUUGCUUCAGGCCCUCGUGAUUGUCUUGCUUGGCUUCAGAUCCUUCCUCAGUGACCAGCUUGGCUGUGAGGUUUUAAAUCUUCUCACAGCUCAGCAGUAUGAGAUAUUCUCCAAAAACCUCCGCAAGAACAGAGAAUUAUUUGUCCAUGGCUUGCCAGGCUCAGGGAAGACAGUCAUGGCUGUGAAGAUCAUGGAGAAGAUCAGGAAUAUGUUUCACUGUGACACAAACAGCAUUCUCUACAUUUGUGAAAACCAGCCUUUGAGGAACUUGAUCAAAAAUAAGAAGAUCUGUCAGGCAGUGACCAGGAAAACCUUCAUCGCAGGGGUCUUUGAAGAGAUUCAACACAUCAUCAUUGAUGAAGCCCAGAAUUUCCGCAGUGAAAAUACAGACUGGUAUGGCAAGGCAAAAGCCAUCACUCAAAGAGAAAAGAAUUGUCCAGGAAUUCUCUGGAUCUUUCUGGACUACUUUCAGACCAGUCACUUGGAUGAUAGUGGCCUUCCUGCUCUCUCAGCACAGUAUCCAAGAGAAGAGCUCACCAGAAUGGUGCGCAAUGCAGAUGAAAUAGCCAACUACCUAAAAGAAGUAAUGCAGGAAGUCAGAAGAAAUCCUCCACCCAACAUCCCUCCUGGGUCCCUGGAAAUGCUGCCUGAAGCUGAAUGGGUUCGGGGUGUUCAGGGAACUUUAAAGGUUGAGAAAGACUUGACUCAAGAUGAAAUAGUGACCUACGUGGCAGGAACCUGCAAAUGUCUCUUUCAAAUGGGCUAUUCAUUCAAAGAUGUUGCUGUGCUUGUCAGUACCAUGGAUGAGGUGGAAUGUUACAAGUAUGACCUCUUAAGAGCAAUGAAGAAGAUAAGGGCUGUGAAUCUCAGUGAUGCAUCUGGCGUGUUGGGUGAUCACCUUGUGUUGGAUAGUGUCCGGCGAUUCUCAGGUCUAGAAAGGAACAUUGUGUUUGGGAUCCACCCAAAGACAAACAAUCCUUCUAUCUUACAUAAUAUUCUAGCCUGUUUAGCUUCCAGGGCUAAACAACAGCUAUAUAUUCUGUGGCAUUGUGAGUAGUAGAAAGAACUCCAAACCAAAGGACAUGAGAUAAUUGCUAUUGAAAUGGCCACGUCUGUUGGGUAUUGGUAGAAGCUUUCCUUUUGGUU